UCCGCAUUCUGUGCAGGGAAACGUUUAAAUCAGUAUACACACACAGCGUCUGGUUAUUCUUUCUCUGUUGCUUAUAUUGCACUCAGGACGCUGUAUAUGCAGAAAACAUGAAGGUGUGUAUUGUGCUCUUCGUGUCUGCAUGCAUACUGAUGGAAGCCGAAUCGGGUCUUGCUAAAGACAAUUCAAAAUGCCAGGAUGCAUUAGCUUUGUGUAAAGGCGUCAACUGUGACAACCCUGGUAUGGCAGAUACGUGCCCGGUGACGUGUGGACGCUGCAACCCCACAGACUGUGGACCUGGUAUGUACUGGAAUGGCACCACUUGUGCGCAAUGCUUGGAUGGGCUGCCUGCUGAAAACAAGGGAAGUUGUCCAUGUACCAUAACAGGCAGAUGGGGAUCAAAGUGUGAACAUCAGUGCAACAAAGGGUGUUCGGGUGGUACAUGUCACCCACUGUCUGGAGAAUGUGAAAACUGUACACGGGACAGGUAUAGCAAGUUCUGUAAUGACAUAUGUGCUGCCAACUGUAAUAACUGUACAGAUACAUCCUCAAACUGUCACCGAACAACUGGAACCUGUCUGUGUGGUUGUAGACCAGGCCUCUAUGGAGGUACAUGUGAACAACGCUGCCAUGCCAACUGUAGAUUCAAGACAUGUAAUUCCUCUGGAAUCUGUGUUGAUGGUUGUAAGGAAGGAUACUUCGGACCAAAAUGUGAUAAAAACUGUGGAGAAUGUGUUAAUCAAUCUUGUUCAAGAAUAGGCACAUGUUUGAAAGGUUGCAACAGUGGAUGGCACGGUUUGAAAUGCAACACCCCCUGCAGUUACAACUGUGAACAUUCAAACUGCCAACAGAACGGAACGUGCAUGGCGUGCUUGGGUGGGUUUCAUGGCGACUCAUGCAACAAAAACUGUUCUGCUGGAUGUGCCACGAGACAGUGUAACAGGGAUGGUAGUUGUCAAUGUAAAAAGACGAAUUUCGGCCAACAGUGUCUCAAUACCUGCAGUGUAACGUGCCUUAAUACAAGUUGUAGUCAGACCUCUGGGGAAUGUGACUAUGGUUGUGUAUCGGGCUGGUAUGGAGCCACGUGUAGUGCUACAUGUCCGGACAACUGUUCUGCUGGUACAUGCAACAGAGAUGGUGGAUCGUGCCUAUCUUGUAGGGAGGGAUUCAGAGGAACACACUGUAACAUGUCAUGUCCUCCACAUUGUGUUGAAUGUCAGCAGAAUGCCAGUCACUGCACAUCAUGUGAACCUGGUUAUUUUGGAAACACGUGUGUAAAAGAGUGCGACGGUUGCCUGGAUGGGAGGUGUAAUAUCACAGAUGGGUUGUGCAUAGCCGGCUGUAAACCUAGCUUGUAUGGACGAGAAUGCCAGUACAACUGCAGCAGAAAUUGUUUGAGGCAAAAUGGUGCCUCGUUGUGUUUUCAAAGUAACGGAACCUGUGUUUACGGUUGUAACACGGGAUGGUACAAGGCAGAGUGUGAUACUCCAUGUCCACCAGGGUGUAGCGGGACUACGUGUGAUGACUUCACUGGCAGAUGUUCAAAUGGUUGCACAGACGCACUGUAUGGUCCACACUGUAAUCAGUCAUGUCGCUGUCUGAUGUCCCGAUGUAACGCGGCGGGCUUAUGUACGGGGUGUCAGAAUGGCUACUAUGGCCAGAGCUGUUCUACAACAUGUCCAUCGAGAUGUGAUACCUGUGAGCAGAACACCGGCGACUGUGUUACUUGUGUGGAAGGCUGGCACGGCCACCUGUGCAAAGUGUCAUACGUACAGUCACUUCGUCACCGGGUCCGUGUUUUGUCAACAUGCAUUGGAGUUUUCCUCUUUGGUGUUGGAAUUGUAGUGGCCUUCAUUAUCAUCAGAAAAAAGUGCACUCGAUCUCCAAGGGGCAUUUAUCUCUCCCCUGUCCGAACUGACCAUCUUGAUUCGGAUGACAUUUCACUCCAAGAGUUCAGCGAGGACGGUGAAAGUGGACAAUCUCACUAUGAAACUAUUCCAGACGAUUCCCUGGGAGGAUAUGAGGCGCUUACACCUUCAACUUCACGUACUUCCGGGUACACAGCUCUGCCGCCGUCGCUUGAUAAUGUCCGGGUGACAGGGGUCUAAUUAUUCUAUCUGUUUCAUACUUUGAGUUGUGUGUUGAGUUUCUAUUUGUCGUUCGGUCUUUUGCCUGCCACAUAUUGAAACCGGCGUUGACUAUAGUAAACGCAUAGGGCCGAUGUUUAAAAUACUCACUUACCUGUUCUAUCAAGUCGGAUGACUUCACUCAUAGCCUUUUCAGAGCGGAGAGUGGAAGGUCCGACGUCCGAUCACCGGACGCACGUCGCUAUAAAGGUGCGGCAUUAAACCCAGUUUCACCUCACCAUCCUUUAGUUCUCUCCACGAAUGUAUUGGACCACGAGCCUGUAUAUAUCUAUACAUUGCUUAUAAGGUGCAAAACUUUGCUUCAAUCUCCCCAUAUAUGUGUAAGGUAUAACGUUGGGCAGUCAAGCUGUAUGUGCUGAUCCCCUAAACUGUACAGUUGCAAGUUAAGCGGUAGUUUAGCUUAUCGCCAUAGGUUCUUCUGAGCUUGACCUUGGAGAUCAUAAACCAGAAACAAUGAGUUCUCAUUUCACCAGCCGAGCGCAGUAACAAUUCCAUUUUAUUUGU